AUGAGAUUAAUAGUCUCUUUAUUGAUAUUAAACGUGUUGUUUGAUCAAUCUUAUUCGGCAAAUUCUUCAUUGAAACGAUGGCUACAAUUCAAGCAAAAAUUCGGCAAAACCUACAGGAAUCAAAGCGAAGAACGCGCCCGCUUCCAGGCCUUCGGCGACAACCUGAGGCUCAUAACGCGCCACAACGCCAUCUACAAGCAGGGCCUCUCCGGCUACUGGAUGACCGUCAACAAAUUCGCCGACAUCACGCCCAAGGAGUUCGCCCACAUGCUGCGCAAGCAGAACCCCAAUCAACCGGACGCCGACGUCUACGCCGGCUUCGAUCCGACGCCUCUCCUCGACCGGCCCAACGUCAACGCUUCGGAGAGCGUCGACUGGCGUCGGCUGGGCGCCGUCACCGACGUCAAGGACCAGGAGGCCUGCGGGUCCUGUUGGGCGUUCAGCGCUAUCGGCGCUAUCGAAGGUCAACACGCCAUCCGCAACGGAAGACUGGUGUCGUUGAGCGAGCAAGAGCUGCUGGACUGCUCGGGCGGGUACGGUAACGGGGAUUGCGACGAGGGCGGCAGCAUGGAGGCGGCGUUCGAGUACGCGCGCGAGCACGGCGUCAGGGAGGAGCGGUACUACCCGUACCAAGGGCGUCGCGGCGUCUGCAUGGGCGGGGGGUCGCUGCCGACGGUCCGCGUACGAGGCUACAGGUCCGUGGAAAGGGACGAGGCCGCCUUGAGGAAUGUAGUCGGUACCAUCGGGCCGACGUCUGCAGGAAUCUACGCGGAACUGAUCCAAUUCUACGCCGGUGGAAUUUUCGACGAUGCGCGCUGCGUGAGUACUUACAGCACCUUGAACCAUGCGGUACUGAUAGUCGGAUACGAUCGCGAUCCGACGGACUAUUGGAUCAUCAAGAACUCCUGGGGCACCGAUUGGGGCGACGAGGGGUACUUCAAAUUGGCCCGAAACAAGGACUACUGCGGCAUCGCCCUGCUGGCGUCCUAUCCCAUUAUUUAG